CUUGAGUAAAGCAAAAUGCUGAAGCUAGUUUUAUAUUUUCUCGCCAAAAUGGCUGACGCGUCGUCGUUGCGCGCAAAUAAAAUACCCGAUAAUUUGUACGAGCAGUGCCUGACUAAUAUAGUGAUUUAUUUGCAUAAAAAUAAGUGUGACAAAAAUGAACUCCGCUCGUUGCCUGACACCGUGGUCAUGGAUGUAUACUUUAAGAUGUUCCAGGAGAAGAAACUGUGUAUCCUGGCUGGGGAGCUGUCGGACCUGGACCUCUUCGAGAGACUGCUGCGUUUCGGAGGGUCGCAGCUGCAACUAUUACAGUGCUUUCAGGCGGUGACAGAGCACUGCGCGAAGCUGUCAACAGAGUUAUCAUCAGCGUAUCUUGCGAGGUGUGACGUUGUAUCAGAACAUCCCGACACACUCAUACACCUCGGUCUGAGGCUAGGUGGUUUCCUAAACGAAGCCGGGUGGUACGCAGACGCACAGAAAGUAUUGCUCCGCGUUAGGGAGCUGUGCCUGGCUCGACCACAGACCACGUAUUACAAACGACUGACACUUGAGUGCUGCCAUAGGUUAUUAAACACACAAUCGGCGUACUGCUGUUUCCCGGCCGCCACGGAGACCUACACGCUGGCCCUCAAACUGCUGGGACUGCCGGAGGACGCCAGCGGGGAGCUGCCAGCCGGGCCGUACGCUGCGGCGGAGUGCUGCGACCAGGCCACGCAGACAGACUUCCCUUGCGAGUCGGAGGUACAAGAGGUCACGGGCGGCGUGGGCCGCAGCAGCACGUGGGGCAGCUCAUCCCUGGCCGCGAGGCUCUGCAAGGAGUUCUCGUCGCUGUUCUUCGUGAGGUGCGACUACAACGCGGCCCACGCCUGGGCCAUGUGUGCGCUCAAGCUGCUCGACAAACAUACUCCGCAAAAGAUAACGAUCUCGGUGCUGCGGUCGUGCGGCAAGGCGUGCGUGGUGAAGCGACGCUUCGCCGCGGCGGGCGCGCUGGUGCGGCAGGCCGUGGCGCUCGCACGCCACACCGCGCCCGCUCACGCGCCCGACCUCGCCGCCGCGCUGCUGGACUACGGCUUCUAUCUGCUCAACAUCGACUCCAUCACGCAGAGCGUCGCCGUCUACGAGGAAGCGCUGUCAACUCUGCGACGGGUGUUCGGGCGCAGCAGCCUCCACGUGGCCACGGCUCAGGAAGACCUCGCGUACGCGCUCUACGUGCUGGAGUACUCCUCGGGGCUCUUCUACAAGGCUCGGGAACAUGCGGAGAAGGCUAUCAGGAUUAUAGAGAAUCUUGUGCCUCCUGACCACCUUCUGCUAGCAUCAGCCAAACGCGUGAAGGCGCUCAUUUUAGAAGAGAUCGCGCUUGAUACUCCUGCUGGACAGGAAAUGAAGCCGUCGCUGCUGGAGGAGUCUGAGUCGCUGCACAAGGCGGCGCUGGCGCUGUCGACGCUGGCGUUCGGCGAGAACAAUGUGCAGACCGCCAAGCACUACGGCAACCUCGGCCGCCUCUACCAGAGCAUGCAGAAGUUCCAGGACGCAGAGACGAUGCACCUGAAAGCCAUAGCCAUAAAGGAGGAGCUGCUGGGCGCGGAGGACUACGAGGUGGGGCUCAGCAUCGGCCACCUCGCGUCGCUCUACAACUACCACAUGAACAUGCACUGCGCCGCUGAGAAACUCUAUCUCAGAUCUAUAUCUAUUAGCCUGAAGCUGUUCGGCGAGCGCUACAGCGGGCUGGAGUACGACUACCGCGGACUGGUGCACGUGUGCACGCAGCUGAAGCGGCACCAGCGCGCGCAGCACUACAGCGCGCUGCUGCAGCGCUGGCACGCCCUCCGAGAGGAAUCAAAGGCGGAACAACAACCGGCAUUCGGCGACGAACAAGUGAUGCCUCUAGAGGAGCUCAAAGCGAAAUUCUUCACGCCCAACGACUGAACCACUGUCUGUACGUCUGUCAACAACUAACGCAACAACUGUGUACUGAGAGAUUGAUAGCGAAAUACCGCUUUGCACUCAAACUCACUUAUUCAUGAAAAAGGUACCUAUUUUUAGUUGAAAUAUGUUUUGCCUCCAUUUAUCAAUGUUAGGAACAAUAUAUUUUUACUUAUUAACUUUUUUAUGAAUAAGAGGGAAAGUUUAUACGUGUUAAUGGAAACUGCCGAUUGCUGUAAAUAAAGUUUCUUAUUAGUUUAAAAAGCCAUGGAAUGGACAAUUGUUUUUGUACUGGCAACACUUUCGCAUAAGUUUUUUCGAUCUCAAGCCACAGUCGAAAUGCUUCGGGAAGCGUCAUUUUUCAUUAUUGUCGAAUGCUCAUUUCUUAGAAAUCGACAUAUUAUUAAAUAUAUAUACAAAAUGAUACCUCAGUAUAUGUCAACGCACACAUUACGCACAAAAACCUAGCUUUUGCCUUAUAUCUGUCCGUAUUUAAUGAUGUAUUGAUAACACGAAUAUAUAAAAAUAUCAGAUUAACUGUUAUUUUAAAAAUGCGUUACACGAUAGAUGCCGCGCUAUCUCGCUAAAGAGAAGUUAUUUCACUUUUCAAAGUAGCAGUGAGUGAGAUAGCAUUAUGUAUGCGGCAUGAUGACGUGGCUACAUUACUGUAAGAUGUUCCUCAUGGUGAUUUAUGUACCUACGCUGUAUAAAUAACUAGAUUUAAUCUACUCUGUUGCUUAGCAUUAUUAGUGUAGAAAUUGUAGGUUGUGCAAUGAUCAGAUGUGUAUAUAGUCAAAUUUGUUUUUUUUUUUGUUCUUUUUAUCUGUAGGUAAAUUAACGCCGAUGUUGCCAGUCUCUAUUUUCGUUGUGGCCAACGCUGUUUAGUUCGAAAUUUGAAUUUGCAAAAUUAUUUAUUGAAAAUACUAAAGUUUUGUUCACACCAAAUAAAAAAUAUUAUAUUUCUUAAAUAAAUUAUAUAUGUUUUAGUCGAAUCAAUUUAGCUUGAAUUUUAUUGUAUAAUAUUAAAUCUAUCCAUUGGUGUAAACUAGGCUUUUUAUAGCUCCACUAAUGACAAUGGCAAAUUUCCUUUGCACAUUGAAACUAUAAUAAAGUUGUAUGUAAAAAGCUAAAAACAUAUCGAAUUUCUUUUGGCGACAUAGUGCUUUUAAUAGUUGUAAAACGAGAUAUAUUAUAGCUAUAUAUUGCAUAAUGGUUGCGUCCCAGGGAACGGGCGCGCGAACAUAUUUUCAUACGAUUCUCAGCGACAUGACUACAUAUGGCAAAGAAGUAUUUUUAUUAAGAAAUAAUAUUGUUAGUUUGAUUCAUGAAUGGCUGUUACGUGUGUAAGGCAUACGAGUAAAUAAGAUUUAUGAUGACAA